CAUUGAAAUUAUUGAAAUGUUGAGACGGUCGGGCAAGGAGGAACUUGAUGUUCCAGUCAUUUUGGAGGAACCACUCACCAGCGAAUCAUGUUGCAAACUUAUCUCGGAGCUAGUGAAGUAUAUCCUUUACCAAAAGCAACAGAUACCUCUCACCUAUGAGUACCUGCUCAGAAUGAACGAUGCUACAGUUGGAGCUAAUGACCGAAAUCUCACAAUUGCCAGGACUACCUUGGAGUGUCUGCAAAAUAUUUCAGAUAAUUUAUAUGUCGAACUAUGCCGUGGUAGCAACUUUGUCAGGGAGAUUGUGAUAUCGAUGGGAGCCACAAUGCUAUCACCGAAACUCUGCAUAAGAGUUAGUCUGCCCUUAGGAAUACUAGAUGGUCGUUGCCAUCUUACCCAGCAGCAUUCCUCCCGCAAGCCUCUUUUGAGCUUAAUGAAAUCCAUUACCGAGAGUGCAGAUUUUCAAAAUGCUAUGACAAUGCCACUGGGACUUACCAACACAUUUAUUCUUCUUCAAAAAAAUGAUUGCAACAGUGUGUCGGAAUUUUUCCUGCCAAAACCACGCUACACAAUGCCAAUCGGAGCAUUGGGGAGCCGUUUCCACAUCAAAUUAAACCACCAAGAUCAAUAUACCAACAAUUGUAGCUGCGAUAAUCUUAUCAAAGUGUAUCAUGACCAAGACUCUUCUUCCUCGAAUCUGGGGGCAGGUCGGACUAUACCUGAAGUUGAAAAAGUCACGACAAGCAUUGAGCCAUCAAAGACCAAAGCCUACCAGUGGUUCCAGUCUAGAGCAGUGAUUAAAGGUUUCAAAUUUUCUCGGUGACCCUUUGCUGCCAGCUAUUGUGCUCCAG